CUCCACACUGUUUCCAUUCCGGCGCUUGAGCUGCUUCCCCCCGGAGUCUUCGUCUGUGGGCUCCGGUCUGAUAUCCGCGUGACGGCCUCUGGGGGUCGGGGCUCCGUUAGCAGAGGAGCUAGCCGGGAGGCUAGCGCAGCGUCAACCAGCGCGGUAGCGGGCCGAAGGUCCGGUCGACGGGCAGACGGAGCCCAGCAUGGCCGCGGAGAGCCAGAGCCGGGCGGCCGAGGAGAAGACGUCGGGCCGGAGUGACGUCAACAAGAAGCUCAAGUACAUCAGCCUGGCAGUGCUCGUGGUCCAGAAUGCGUCACUCAUCCUCAGCAUCCGAUACGUGCGCACGUUGCCAGGCGAUCGCUUCUUCACCACAUCCGCCGUCGUCAUGGCCGAGGUCCUGAAGGUGCUCACCUGUCUGCUCAUCAUCCUGCUGCAGAGGAGAUUCCACUUGAAGGACACCGUCUACUUCCUGGUUGACUCCAUCUUGUUUCAGUAUAAAGACACUCUGAAACUGGCCGUUCCUUCUCUCAUCUACACUCUGCAGAACAACCUGCAGUACGUCGCCAUCUCCAACCUGCCCGCUGCCACCUUCCAGGUGACCUACCAGCUGAAGAUCCUCACCACGGCUCUGUUCAGCGUGACCAUGCUGAGGAAGAGUCUCUCCAGGGUGCAGUGGCUUUCUCUGCUGCUGCUGUUCGCCGGCGUCGCCGUGGUGCAGAUGGAGCAGGAGGGCAAGAAGGAGGCCUCGUCAGCGGCCUCCUCCACCCAGAACUACACCGUGGGCCUGGUUGCCGUGGUGAUCAGCUGCCUGUCGUCGGGCUUCGCCGGCGUUUACUUUGAGAAGAUCCUGAAGGGCAGCGCAGCCUCGGUGUGGGUGAGGAACGUGCAGCUCGGCAUCUUCGGCACAGCGCUGGGCGCCGUCGCCCUCUGGUGGCAGGACGGCGGCGCGGUGGUGGAGCGCGGGGUGCUGUUCGGCUACACCGGCGCCGUGUGGUGCGUGGUGCUCAACCAGGCCUUCGGCGGGCUGCUGGUGGCGGUGGUGGUGAAGUACGCUGACAACAUCCUGAAGGGCUUCGCCACCUCGCUCUCCAUCGUGGUCUCCACGGUGACCUCCGUCUACCUAUUCGGCUUCCAAGUGGACCUACUCUUCACCGCGGGGGCGGGACUGGUCAUCGGCGCCGUCUACAUGUACAGCCUCCCCAAAGGACCCUCCUCCUCCUCUUCCUCCUCCUCCUCCGCCUCCUCUGUGACGCCCCCGACAACGGAGCUGGAGGCAUUUCUGCCAAAGUGUUCAGCUAAACAAAAAGGAUCUUGAGUGACAGACGGCUGGUGUCACCCUGCUGGUACUACAAGUAUUAACAGUCGAUAGUGAUACGACUUAUUAUUAUUAUUAUUAUUACGUUACUACUGUAGUGUUAUCAUACUAGUUUGUGCUACUACAUCUACAUUAUGCACUACUGUAAAAUAGGUUAGAGUUCUCCCGUAACUAUCAUCCAUUACAUUAUGCUAGGUAUUCAUCAUUUCAAAAUAAAAGCUUUUUCAAAAAUGUGUAUGAAGAUUUGAAAGAUUGAUUCAACUACUGUAUUUUUUCCUUAGAAUUCUUUAAAAAAAAACUAAACUGAAAACUGCUCGAAAAAAAUAUUAAUAAAAGUGAAUAAAUAAUAAAGUAAAAAUAUGCUGUAGAUUGUGAAUUUAAACGAUCUGGAUUCACUCAUUCAAAAUAAUGCAAUUGACUUUGAUGUAUAGAUUUCAAAAUAAAAGUCCAUAUUGAAAAUGAAAUGUUCUUAAGGGAAACUAUCAAAACAAUUUCAUUAAUGUUUUUUCGUAAAGUGUCUUGAAGAGAAAUUAACCUGAAGUGAGUUUCCUUUAAUUUGUGUAUGAGAAUGUAUUUUUCUGUUGUUGUUUUCACCCUGUGGUUGGAGAUUGAUUUAACCAAUGGAAUUAU